GCCCUGCCCGCUGCAGACGGUGCGUGCGCUGCGAGAGCCCGGCCCGCCGUGCCUGUGUGCGAGGGUGCGCUUGUCCUGUGGUUGUGAGGCGAUGCGCGAGUGUACUUCUUUGUCCCGGACGUCCAGGCGGCGAUGAGGCUCCCGCUGGCUUUCGCCGUGCUCCUCCUGGCCUCGUCACGGGCGCUGGGCGAGGAGAUGGGAGCCACCGACGACCUCAGCUACUGGUCCGACUGGUCCGACAGUGACCAGGCGAAGGAGGAGCUGCCGCUGCCCUUGGAGCACUUCCUGCAGAGGAUGGCCCGCAGACCCCGGCCCCAGCAGUUCUUCGGCCUCAUGGGCAAGCGGGAUGCCGGAUAUGGCCAGAUCUCUCACAAAAGGCAUAAAACAGACUCCUUUGUUGGACUUAUGGGCAAAAGAUCUUUAAAUUCUGGGUCCUCCGAAGGGAGCAUAGCACAGAAUUACGAACGGAGGCGUAAAUGAGAUGUUCCUGUGCAUUAUUUAUUAAACUUCAUUUGUUCUAAUGGCCAAUGCAGUGUAAUAUAAACUAACCACUGUAUGAAAUAAUUAUUUAUUUAAUAACUGAAGGGGUUUGGUUUUUUUCCGAGUUGUACAUUCAAUAAAAGUAUUAUUUUUCAUAUUGUGGCAGUGACACGUGUUGUGUAGGUGUGUUGUGGUUCUGAAAGGACCAGCAACCCUGGUGAUGUCUCACAACAAAGCACAUGUUUGAUAUGAGCUGUAGAGUUAUGUUCACUAAACGAGCAAGUAUUCUUUUGUUCAUUGAAAGCGAGUCUAUCAGCUUCACAGCUAGUGCAGAACAGAACUGAUGUUCAGUCUAGUGCCUCAAUUUGUUUUCCUGGUUUAUUAUGUACUGUAAUUUCUGUAUCAAAAAAUAUAUUUGUAUCAUUGCAGCAUGUUUUAUGUUCUGUGAUUAUGCAUCAAUAUAUUUUAAAAGGGGGGAUGGGUAAUGUUCGAAUGGGAAUCCAAAGUCUUCAUUUCAUAGUCUGGAAUUUUAUGAUAGCAACAUUUUAAAUAAAAACUACUCUGGGGCUUUUGCAACAUA